AUGCCUCUCCCCAAUGAACCUGUCAACAUUACUGGUGGCUGCUCUUGCGGCGCCAUCCGUUAUCGUAUCGCCGUUCCAUCCAUCGAGGAACGUCCCCUCAACCCAAUGAUGCCUCCAGCAGUCGGAAUCAAGCUUCCAUGGACCUUUACAUGUCACUGUAACGACUGCCGUAGGGCAGCUGGUGCAUUUCUUGCUACUGGCCUAGCCGACAUUCCAGCACCCAUGCUCACUGUAUCCGCCAUGGCACCCUCUUCAGAGACAGAGAUUGUAUCUGGUCGCAUUGUCGAUCCUAUGGCAGAGGACUAUGACGCAGAGAAGGCUGACGCCGAACGCCCUCCUUACGUCCCAGCCGUAGAUGUUCUCCGUGCAACAGGAGAGAACAAAACAUGGCUGCGUUUCUUCCACUCCGGUAACGCCAGCGCUGCUAUGUCGCGCAGCUUUUGUGGUCGUUGUGGAACGCCUUUGUGCUAUCACUUGAAGCUUGCACCUGGAUUCUGCUAUCAAGGGAAAAUGCCCGAGGGAUGGUGUGAUUCUUUCCAUCUGAGUCUUGGAUCUUUCGAUCGGGAGUUUCUAGAGAAGGAUUGGUUCAAUCCUGGUAGUGAGGGAAUGUUCAAAUAUGGUACACCUAUGAGCAGAUGUGUUUCUGCAAGUGCUAAGGGGUUGAAGGAGCUGCCCAAGAUGCAGGAGUUUAUGGAUGCAGUACCCGAGGACGAAUUGGAAGCUUUGAGAAAUUAA